AUGAGGAGACGAUACCUGUGCCCGGUAGUCUGUUGCUUCCUCAUCGUCAUCCUCCUCUUCUUCGCCGGCUAUGUGCUUCAGUUCCUUCAGAAGCACGUCGAUCAGGAGGAGGAGAGAGUGAAAGGUAGAGAUUGUGAAUUGAGGAUGUCAACUGGAAAUGUUCAGAAUGGCAAAAAGGACAGCAACUGGAGAAUGACACCAUUCCACUGAAGCUGUUCCCAACUACAACAACUACUCCAGAGGAAGACCCAACUGAAUGGGCACCUUUAGCGACGAAGGGAGUUCCAACCACGGAAGAGAUCACUACGAGAACUCCCUCGACGACUACCACUCCAACCACGUCCUCUAUCACUUCUACUCCCUCUCCUACUCCCUCCACAACUACUUCAUCUUCCACUACCACAAGAAUUUACCCAUGGACACUGCCCACCAGGUAUUGUAUUUUUUUUUGUAAAGACUUAUCAGUUCCUUGAAAUUUGCAGCGUUCCUCCCGUGUACGUGCCUGAGAGACAUCGUUACGGACAGGACAGAUUGCACCAUCAUUACAAUCAUCAUCAUCAUCAUCAUCAUGAAACGUCCUCGACUUCAACAACACCUGAACCUACUACUACUUUUACUACCACUACUACUGCUACUACCACCACCACAUCUCCGAUCACCACAACUAUGGAGACAACCACGAGGAUCCGGAUCACGACGCCCAGAUAUCAGCCUUCGUCCACGUCGAUCAGCUCUUCUACCAUCUAUAAUCGGAUCACUAUUCCUGCUCAUUCGAGCUACCGUAAUCCGUAUAUCAAGAAGAUUGAGGUGACUUCUUCUACCUACCGUACCCCUCAAUUGGCCUCGACGACAACGACGAGUCGCCAUCAGCACCAUCGCCAUCAUCACAAUCGGACGCACAUCAACAUUCAUUCUCAUCAUAGUCAUCAUCUACCGUAUCCUCAUUUCCCGUAUCCGGGUCCGGGUCUGCCAGAUUCUCUUUUCCCGAGUACCACUUCAAGCAGCUCCUCCUCCACAACAACAACUACAACCACCGCGGCUCCGACGACAGAAGCCGCUGAGGAGAGCACGACUUCUGGCCGUCACCAUCAUCACGGACAUCACCACCACCAUCAUCAUCAUUCAUCUUCUUCUUCUUCUUCUACCACAGUGAAACCAACGACUACUACAACGAGACAGUCGGAACUGGAUCGUUGGGGAUUCGUGGAAUCCGUUGAGGAUGUGUCGGUCGACGAGGAGAGCUCUUCCACGUCGUCUACCACGACAACUACUACGGCUUCCACUUCAACGACAACUCGAGCAGAAGAAGAGGUCACUCCUCGUCGUCUUCCCGACAGACCGGAACGGCCACGCCAUCGGCAGCCGGAGCCGACUCAAGCUCCCGUCAAGAGAGUCGAGUGAGUUCAUUCUUAUUCAUUUUUCCCUCAUUUCCACCAUUCUUUUACAGGCGUGAGGUGACUCUUGUGACCGGAUUCCUGGACAUUGGACGCGGCGAGUGGGACAUUUACCGACGUCCGCUGGAGACGUACCACCAGUUCAUGGAGACUCUUCUCACACUCCAGAACAACUUUGUCGUGUUCACCGACGAGUCCAGCUACGACUUCGUGAUCAAGACACGGACAAAACUGAAGCUGAUGGACAGGACAAAGGUGUACAAGAUCACAUUGAAUGACUUGCCGUUGUACGGGUACAUUAACGAGGCAAAAAAGAUUAUUGACGAUGAACUGAAGAAUGAAACGUUCUACAGGUACAUUAUUGUGUUCGAUUCGGUGCUGCUGCUUCAAUUAUGCGAUUUCAGAACUGUAGCGGAUCUGGACAUGCGCACGCACCCCGAGUCGAUCAGUGCCGAAUACAACAUUGUUGUCAACUCGAAGACGCACUUCUUGCACAACGUCACAAUGGAGAAUCCGUUCGAUUCGGAGCACUUUGUCUGGCUUGACGCCGGCUACGGGCACGCCAACGAGAACCACUUCCCGUACAGCUAUCACUGGCGUCCGGCACUUCCGGACGGCAAGAUUUCGCUGAUCAAAGUGACGCCGUACUUUGACACGGUCUCCGAUUACGACUUGAAACGGCUGUACCGCAAGAACGUGGCGCUGUUGAGCGGCGGAUUCAUUGCCGGCGACAAACAGUCAGUUUCUCUUCUUCUCCUCCUCCUCGUCUCCAUCCUCAAUUUUCAGUUCCAUCGGUCAAUUGCACUCAAUCAUCCAUCGCAAAUUCAUCCAACUCAUCUACCAAAAUCACGUGGACGACGACCAGACCCUUCUCACGCUGGCCGUCAACUCGUACCCCCACCUCUUCCACGUCGUCCUUGGCGACUGGUUCGACGCUUUCCGUCUGUUCGCUGCCGAUCCGGAAGUCCAGAUGGGCUAA